UUAAUUAGUUUCUACAGUGACCAAAUCAGUUACAGCUUUUCACUCCAAAAUUCCACCCUUUUCCCACACAAUAAUUUUGAAAAAUUCUAGUACUAUAAUAUAAUAUUAUAUCACUGCUUCUCUCUGUCGGCCAUUAAAAAUUGUGUUCAUCCCUGUAGUGAGAUGGAUACCGCGCAAUUACAAUCUUGACUUUUGUUUUGUAGUUUGUUUUUUCGGAGAAUCCGACAGUUUUAACUGAAUCGUUUUUUACGAGUAGUUGAUUUUAUCCAGCUAAGCCGACGUUGUUGGAGUGAAAUUCGAAUGAUUUUGAAAUCCUAGUCCUUCGAGAAUAAUCACUUCCCGUUUUAUAAAAAAAUCCCUUUAUAUAGCGAAAAAAAGAUCAAAACUUUGGCCGACGCCAGCCCACAAAGCCGUUAUGUUGUGAUAUGUAUAUAAAAACAAGGAUCGCUGCCUGCAUCUGAGAGAGAGAGGAAAACAGACUUUUUAUUUUUUUAUUUUUUUAUUUAUUUUCAAAUAGAAACAGAAGUUGAUAGAGCAUCUGUUGAAGAUCGGCCAAAAGUCUCCCAGUUCUCACAAUUUCAAAGACAUUCUAAGGGUGGCGCGGUAUUCAGGUGAGUUGGUCUUUUAAAUUCUUUUUUUUUCUCUCUUGUGUAGAAUUCUUCGUCAAGAUAUUUGGGAUUGCUUGUUUGGGAUUAGAUCUCUCAAUAUGGGUCUUGAUUUUUAAAGGCCAAUUCAAUAUUAUUGUGUUUUACUUGAUGUUUUUCUUUUUCUUUUUUCCCCCUUCCUUUUGACGUGAUCAAGAAUCGAGAUUAUUGGGAGCUUUAUUUCUUGAAUUUCGUUAUUUAUGAGGUGAAUUGAAUUCCUCAGUAAAUAAAGUUCCAUUUUGGGGUAGGGCUGUUUUCGUUCUCUCGGUUUACAGCUGUUCUGUGAUCUGCAGCAAGCUGGAUUGAUGUGCAAUGCAGAGGUCACGGAAAGCUCUUCUACAAAGAAGAGCUGUAAAGGAGGCGAUUUGUGGUAGAAGUCGCUUGUAUAAGGUCUCUCUUUCUGUUGUUGUCGUUCUCUGGGGCCUUGUCUUCCUCUUAAAUUCAUGGAUCGGCCAUGGCGAUGGUCAAGCAGAAAGAUCAGAUGAGUAUUCUGUUAAUGCAACAAGCUGGGGUGAAGACGAAGUAUCUUUUGGCAGGGAUGUAAAUGAGAGAUCAUCUAUAGACGGACAUCCAUCAGAUGGAACUACUAGAUGGGAUGAAGACGAAGCGUCUCUUGACAGAGAUGUAAAUCGGAGACUAACAGAUGGAAAUACGCAUCCAUCAGAUGGAACUACACAUCCAUCAGAUGGAACUACAAGGUGGGGUGAAGGGGAAGUGUCUUUUGACAGGGAUGGAAAUCGGAGAGUAACUGUAGGCGGACACCCAUCAGCUGGAACUGUCUCUGACAAUGGUGAUAACAAUCAUAGUAAGAGUGAAUCACUUGUUGAAUUGGCGAAAGAAAAUUCUGAAUCGGCUGCCAAGGAAGCUGCUGCUGUAAGGAAAGAUUUGCCUGCGAAAGAAAAUUCUGAAUCGGCUGCCAAGGAAGCUGCCGUAAGGAAAGAUUUGCCUACAAAAGAAAAUUCUGAUUCGCAUGGAAAUAUGGAGAAGGACAAGUCUUUAACCGACGAGUUGUCUCGUGGAGUACAUAUAGGUCUUGAUGAAUUCAAGAAUAAAGCAUUUAGCUCCAAGACUAAAUAUGCAACUGGUAAACCUGGAAGCAUAAUGCACAGAUCGGAGCCUGGUGGAGAGGACUACAAUUAUGCUUCUGCUUCUAAAGGAGCAAAGGUCUUGUCUUUCAAUAAGGAAGCCAAGGGUGCUUCUAAUAUCUUGAACAGCGACAAAGACAAGUACCUUAGAAACCCUUGCUCUACCGAAGAGAAAUUUGUUGUUAUAGAGCUUUCUGAAGAAACGUUGGUGGACGCUAUUAAAAUAGCAAACUUUGAGCAUCACUCUUCUAAUUUGAAAGAUUUCGAAUUAUUAGGCAGUGCUGUUUACCCUACUGAUUCAUGGGUCAAGCUUGGAAAUUUUAGUGCUGUAAACAUGAAACACGCUCAAGACUUUGUUCUGCCAGAGCCAAAAUGGGCGAGAUACCUUAAACUGAACUUGUUAAGUCAUCAUGGUUCGGAGUUCUACUGCACACUAACGUUCAUCGAAGUGUACGGCGUUGAUGCUGUUGAGAAAAUGCUUGAGGAUCUGAUUUCAGCUCAAGAUAAGGUGCCCCUAUCUGGGGAAAUAUUAGAUGAUAAAAAGUCAGGUUCGAGCCAGCACGUGAGCACUGAAGGUGUGGGUUAUGAAGAUCUAGUUGAAGAACCCGAUACUAUGAUCAGAACCCCUGAUGUGAAACGUGGAAGGCUGGAAAUUGAUGUGCCCGACCCAGUUGAAGAAAUCCGUCACAAACAAGUAAAUCGGAUGCCUGGGGAUACAGUUCUUAAAAUUCUAAUGAAAAAGGUUAGAUCUUUGGAUUUGAAUCUAGCAAUUCUUGAGCGGUACCUAGAGGAGUUAAGUACCAGAUAUGGAGACAUUUUCAAGGAAUUUGAUAGAGAUAUCGGACACAAGGACGUACUUCUAGAGAAGAUAAUAUCUGAUCUCCAAAGUCUAUCUAAAAGCCGAGAGGAUAUGAACGAGGAGAUCAGCGAGCUUUUGUCUUGGAAAUCUCUUGUUUCCGUGCAGCUGGAGAGUAUACUCAAAGAACAUGCCCUUCUCAGAUCGGAAGUGGAGACAGUUAGGAGGGAUCAGACACACAUGGAGAAUAAGGGGAUUUUGAUAUUUCUUGUUUGUGUAGUAUUUGGAUUUUUGGCAAUUGUGAGGUCAUUUGCGGAUAUGGCGGUACAGAACAUGAAUGUGAAUAGUUGGAGUGAUUGUAUUUCCAGGAAAUUUUGUUCAGAGAAGUCAUCCUGGUUUUACUUGUUGCUCAGCUGUAGUAUUACUAUAAUUAUUCUCUCAUUAUAGAGAUUUUUUUCAUCAAAAUUUUGUUUCACACUUUAUAUGAAAUUUACCCUUUGCUGCU